GAAAUUGUUAGAGUAUGUAGAGAAAACUAGCAAAUCGGAUAAUGGAGGUUAUUAAACGUAAUAUUUUAAGAACAUUGCCAAAUAUUGACAUAUGUGUUUUGAACCAGGUUGUGAAUAAUUUAUGGGAAAUAGGUGUUGAAAAUGAAACAGAUCUCUACUUGGUGAAAAUUGAUGAUUUGGUUUUGCUAAAACCCAUCCAACAACGCAAAAUCCUUGAAUCUUGGGCAAAGGAAAGCUCUGAACAUCUCAAAAUCCUGUAGAUUUUAUUGUUGCCACACAAUGCAGCAUGCAAAUGAUGCCCACAGUUGAACUGAAAAAUAACUCAACUAAAUUGAUAAUGAAGGUUAAGCAUGUAAGUGCGGCUGAUUGGUAUUUGGCAUUUGUUUUACCUUGGGAAAAAAUGUCUAAAGAGGUACGAGAUAUAUUAGCAGCUGGAGAAAGACCUUCAACAGCUAAUCGGUGUACAAUCAUAAGGAUUAUUAUGAAUGAUAUCCUUGCUGUUUGCUCAAAGCCGUUGAAAAAACAUUUAGAUGCAAUUGCAUCUUCUAUGGUUGCCAAAUAUCCUCAAUCAUUUAAAGAUGAAUAUGGUACUACAGUAAUUGGUAGCGGUCAUGACAGUUUAACGUUACAACUAGUAAACCGUUACGACUAUCUUCAGCGGCCAAACCAUGCGCCACCGUUACUAAAUGUUUUCAAUUUGGAAACCCAAAAUGAACAAUUGCCAGUUGAUGUCAUAAAAAGAAAAACUGAUAGUUAUGGUUGCUUGAACCGAGCACCAGUUCUCAGUGUUUCAAUCAGCCCUGAUGAACUUGAUUAUUAUCUCCAACGAACUGAAAUAAAUGAAAAGAUGCUAUUGAAUGAUUUGUUGAUAAAAUUCCCCAAUUUAUUUACAGUUGAAGGUUUGCUACAUCAUUUUGAUGUUUUGAUGGGUGGAGUUAAUGCAGGUGAACUUCUGACAAAAGCUCCAGAUGAUGAAAAGUUAUAUUUAUUUUUGCGUAGUUGCGGAAUAACAGACCUUGGAGUGAAGAAGGUGAUAUUAGAUUUAGAUAAAGCAAAGCACGAAACUUUGUCAGAUUUACCUGUGGCUCCUGGUCUUGUAAUGGCUUUGAUUACUUUAUUUAAUGAAAAAUUUGACACACUUUUUUUGUUUGUGGAUGAGACAGUGGAUCAAACAGAAUUGGCACCAGGACCAAACUUUCCACAUCUACGUGUUUAUGGAAAUUCGCUAUUUACAGCAAAUCGAUUCAUGCUGGUAAUAGAUUGCAUUGUUGUGGUUGAUGGGAUGACCAAUUUUGUCAAUUCAUUUUGUUGUUUGUUUGCUAGUUUUUAUAUUUUCAAUAUACCAUAUCCAAAAGAAGCUUCUUCAAUUUUAGAAUUUUGUCAACGUGCAUUUUUUGGCAUCAAUCCGGAAAAGGGUAGCAAAUCAAGGCGAACGAAGAAAACUUCAUCAAUAAGCAAAAUUGUGCUGUCGAUACUGCAGAAGUUUGCGAAAUUUAAUGUUUGAAUUUGCCAUGUUAAAAUCCUUCAUCUAACUUUAACUCAAACAACAAUUUAUUAUGUAGUUAUUUAUAUUUGUUUGUAAAUUUUCAAAGGUUUUACAAUAAUAUCUUGUUUUA